AUGGAGGACGCCCUCAGGCGGCUCAACCGCAGCCUCGCCGCCGGCGCUGACACCGCCACCCUCCCACCACCCGCCGCCGCCGCCGGCAGGCGCCCUGGCCACGCACCCUCCAAGAGGCCCCUCCUCCGGGACGCCUCCUCCCCCUCCGCCGGCGCCACCCGCUAUCGCGGCGUCCGCCGCCGCCCCUGGGGCCGUUACGCCGCCGAGAUCAGGGACCCCCAGUCCAAGGAGCGCCGUUGGCUCGGCACCUUCGACACCGCCGAGGAGGCCGCCUGCGCCUACGACGCCGCCGCCCGCGCCAUGCGCGGCGCGAAGGCUCGCACCAACUUCGUCUACGCCGCCGAUCCCCCGCCGUUCCCCCGCGCCGGGAAGCCGCCAUCCCAGCCGCCGGUCUGGUGCUCCCGCCACCCUUUCACCCCCAAUUUCGAAAACCCAGUUCCUAAUUUCGCGCCAAAUCCCUCUAAAACCAGCGAACAAAAUCCGCCGGACCUUUUUCCGACCAAUUUCCUCCACUCCGGCCAGAACCCCUUCAUGGGCCCCUCUAAUUUGUCUUCAAUUUUCUCGUCCAAGGCCGUCGUCGGCACGUCUCCCCUGAGCUCUGAAAUUUACAGUCACGAGAAAUCAAAACAGAGCUCAGUUAAUCCCACAGUAGACGAAGCUGAUUGCAUGUCGGGCCUUUUCUGGCCCGAUCAGAGACCCGGGUCGGGUCUUCUGCAUGAAGUGAUAAGUGGGUUUUUCCCUAAUCCCACAUCGGAGGUCAGGGCUGAGCCGCCGCCGCCACCACCUCCGCUGGUGGAUACCAAGAAUCAGGUUUUAGGGUUUUCGUCUGAUUAUUCGGAUGCACGCAAUUUAUCCGGCCCGGAAAAUGAUAUUCGGACUAAUAAUCCUUUGUUUGGGAUUCAAGAUGAGAUUUUCUAUUAUCAGGAGCCCACUAAUCUAUAUGCAGGCUACAUGCAGAUUUGCCUUUUGAGGGCUAUUUUUUGA